AUGGAUCCAGCCCAAAGCUUAGGUGGACAAAAUCGUUCAUCAUUCCUACCAUUAGAGUAUGUGCUUCAAGGUAGUAUAGAGGAUAAAUCCGCCCAUCUGUUACGAGCACGUUUACAAGGAUUAUGUGACAAUAUAACCGGUGAGUUAGGAUUCAGUUCAUUUUAUUCGAAAGCGAGAUUUGAUUGUUUAGGUGAAGUGGAAUUAUUUGAUGAUCAUGAAAUUGUUUAUUCACUACGACCGCCUGCACCUACAAAUGUUUCAUUGCGUGUUCGUUAUGCUCUUGAUGAUUUACCCAAUCCGAUCUAUCAUCUACGGUAUGUUGCUGCAGCUGAAUUGGACAAGAGCACUCAUGUCAGUAUUCGACAAUUUCAUGAUUGUUGUGUAACAAAGAACAUUCAAGCAUUUUUACAAGAACUCGGCUUUGGAUACGACUACGAAUUUUAUGCUAAAGGUGAUAUUUAUCGAAAAGGAAGAAUAAAAAUAACUGUGGCGAAAAUUUCAACGUCAACUGAGCGCAAUCGUAAUGAUGGAAACCCAAUGGUAAAUCGCCGACCAUUUACAGAUUCUUGUUUCGUCGAAAUGUCAUUGAUCGGAUCAGUGCUCGAUGAUAAAGUCGGAGACGAAAUGAAAUCAUUUGCUGAUCAACUUAAACCAUUGAUAUCUCUCGAAAAAAUCGAUCAGAAACGAUAG